CGACCCAUCGAUUGAAAACAAAAUCUCAGGACUGGUCUGCAACAGGGCGGACAGCCAGAGCUACACAGUGAUUCCCUAAAAACUCACCGAAACGCGGUUGCUAUGUUGACAAGCCAGGCCUGUCCUCGUAGAGCUCGGCCUGCCUCUGCCUCCCGAGCGCUGGGAUUAAAAGCUUGCGCCACCACUCCUUCCUGGAAGCUGCCCUCGGCUACCCGGGAGCACUUAGUCCUGAGCCACACCCCUUUCGUUCAGACCCCGCCCCCAAAUUGCCAAACACAGCCACGCCUCUUGGCCCCUGCGGUCUUCGACCCUCCCACCGGUCACACCCUCCCCCUAGCCACGCCCACGAGGCAGCCGCGCUCCCGCCUGGCCACGCCUCCGUUGCCCAGGUCUUUGCUCUGGCAAGCUCGGCGAGUGGAGUCAAGAAAGGAGGCGCCACACCAGCUGCCGGCCGACCCCCAAUCCCGGCCCCCGCGUCCAUGGCCGCUCCCGGCCCCCGCGCCCUGCGUGCUGCUCUGUGCGGCGGUUGCUGCUGCCUCCUCCUGUGUGCCCAGCUGGUUCUAGCCGGUAAAGGAGCUCGUGGCUUUGGGCGGGGAGCCCUGACCCGCUUGAACAUCCCUACCGCCCAGGGGGGCUGCAAACACCUGGGACACUGUGAACGCUGUGUGGACAGGGCCCACAACCUCACCGUUUGCGCCUGGCAGCAAUGUGGGCCUGAGGAGCCAGGACACUGUGUGACCCAAGCAGAGGUGGUCAAGGAAGGUUGCUCUGUCUAUAACCGGUCAGAGUCAUGCCCAGCUCCGCACCACCAUCCUACCCAGGAACCGAAGACAAGCACAACAGGGAGUCCCCCAGGCCCUGAAGCCCACAGCCCAGGUUUUGACGGAGCCAGCUUCAUCGGUGGCAUCGUGCUGGUGCUAAGCCUGCAAGCAACAGCCUUCUUUGUGCUGCGCUUCCUCAAGGCCAAGGACAGCACUUACCAGACGCUGGAAGAGAACCAGUAGGUGACAGCCCCAGGCUAGUCCUCGGCCCGCUGCAGCCCCCGGGGCAGCCGUCAGGGCCGUCUGUGUGCUCAGUGUGGUUUUCUCUGCGGAAGGGGCUGGGCAAGGCUUUUGUGUGCCUGCUGUGUGUGCCGUGGGGCCAGUGUGUGCAGCCUGCAUUAAAGUGUUUCUCCUUCCAGCUGUGCCUGCUCUCUGGAAAUUGGGGCGGGGGGUUACCCUCGCCUCUGAGUGUCCUCUCUGUCUGACCUCCACAGAAUCUGACCCCAGUGGUCCUGGCUCCACCUUGAAGGGACAGAGGACUCAGAGGCUCUCUUGGUUGCUUUAUGGGUACUGGGGGGUAGGGCAACUUUGGCCACCAGUUUCUGGUCCCUGUACACAGGGCACCAAGCAGGCUUAGCACUGAAGGCUGACAUUCCUUCCCGGCCUGGGCCUGGCGCUCGAAGCCGAGAACAUCCUCCAACCACCUCAUGUCUCAAUCGGCCAGCUGGUCCCCCAGUCUGGUACUUGAGGUCCGCUGCGUCCUCCCACCAACCCAGUCUGGGGUCUGCCCGCCCAAAUAAAGGACCUGUUUUUACCCCCA